AUGAGAGGUGUCACAUUCAAAAAGAAUCCUCCAAAGUUCCUGUACCUGUUUUGGUUCAUUGGAUAUUUAUGCGCAUGCGUUGUUUUGGCUGUUUUCAAGCUUUAUCUCAUUCCCAGUACUUAUGAAUCACGAAACUUAACUUUCAAUACAACAACGGAGAGUACGCAUGCGCCCAUUUUAAAAUGUGUUUGGAGUGUAGUAGACAAUCGAACAAAAUGUAAACCAGUGUGUGGACACGGAUAUUUCGGACUGUACGGAAUGGAAACUUGUCAUCCAUGGCUAGAUUGUGAAGGACUUAUGAACAUAAAUGGCUCGGAAAAAAUACCGUCAAGUACUUCAGGGUCUAUAAAAGAGGUUCGAAUUUCCAAAUGGGAAGGACAUGAUGUGGUUGUCAAGAAACUGCGAAACUACCAUGUUGGCAAGAGAGCCCAUGAAGAGUUUAAACACGGUUUACAAAUUCUGAAAGACUUUUCAAAUCAUUCAGAGGUUCUACAGCUUGUGGGCUAUUGCAACAACGUCAUGGUGACAGAAUUCCAUGCACUGGCGGAUGCUAAUAACCUUGAAAAACAUUUGCAGAUCUACAGAGACUUUGAUAAUGUUUCGACGAGAUUUCAAUUGUGUCUUGACUUUAUAUACAUUAUGCUUCUUCUUCAUUCUGGUCUGGGCGGGAAAGUUUACGCUCACUGUGAUGGUAAUGCAGUAAGUAUUCUUCGAUGGCAAUAUCUUCUCACAGACGAUUUUCGACUAGUGAUCAGUGAUGUUGAUGCACUUGUCGAUUUUGAAAUACUCAAUGGUGUUACUAAGAAGAAGGUUUGUCCUGUUGAAAGUCGGAAUUACUCAGUGCCUUUUAACGCUCCUGAACAGCAUUGGCCGUACGGACAGGAACCUUUCAAUAUAUCAAGGAUGCCUCCGUAUGACGAAAAAAUCGACAUUUGGAAAAUCCCUGAUGUUUGUAAAAGUUUUCUCCAUUACAUGCCCCUGAAAAUCAAAAUUUUGCCACACCUAAAAGACAUUCACAGUCGGUGCAAAAACAAAGACCCUCAACAACGCCCCACUGCUGUAGAAGUUUUGGAGGAAUACCGUGCUGUAUAUAAACAUUUGAUUGGAAAUCAUUCAGUUAUUUUAAUUGGACAUCAGACUUAA